GUGAACUUUGGUCUUUUUUUUAAUUCAGUAAGUUUUGUUGUAUAUUAUAUCUAACUAUAAAUAUACCCUGUAAAUAUACUCUAUAAAUGUAAUCUGUAGAUAUAAGAUAAGAUGACACGAUUUACUAUCGUACUUUUUGAGGACGGUCUUCAACUGGUGCCUUCAAUUUGGCUUGCACCAAAUAAAAAAAGCUGCAACUGGCCACCUUAUACUAACGAUACAAAAAUUAAAAAGGCUAUAAGCAAUGAAGAAAUUCCUACUAAUACUUGGUCGAUGCACAAAGUUUUACGUCUGUUCGGAACAUCAAAUUCUUAUGAAUCUGGGAUGGAGAAAGUAAAAUUCGCUCAAGAACAUUCCGACAUAGAUUACUCGGACAUAGAGGUCGAGAAGAACCAAAGAUCAAGACGAAAUAAAACGAAAGAAAAUUAUUCUUCUUCAUCAGAUGAACAAGAAAAUUUAGAAACGACUGACAUUGUAACUAUUGCACCACCGCCACUACCAUCUUCAUUUGUAAAUCAACCUGGAUCAAGUAGCGCCAGCUCCAAAAUUUUAAAACCAAAAUCGUCGCAAGUUUCAUCUGUCAACUCACUUGCAGUAACUGAAGUGACAUUCAACAAAUCAGAUUCAUGCCACAAAAUUCACGAAGAAAUCCUUAGAAGAUUAAAUCAAUUAUUUUUUAAAGUGAAAAGCAUUGAUGAUAAACUUUCCGACUGGGAGGAAAUGAGAAGCAAACCAUGCGAUGUAUCAAACGUACUAACACUUGAAGAUAUAAUAUCGUUACCAGUAAAAACGUUUGAAACAUUGGAAUUAUUUGAAAAAGACUUGGAAAACAGAGAAUUCUUCAAAAGUAUGGUAACUUUUUUAAAUAAAAUUGGUGGAAAGGACAGUCACGAUUUAACCAUAAAUAUUUUAAAACGAACUGUGGCAGAUGAGCUAGCCAAGCAGUAUAGCUGGGCUGGUAAACUCAAGAAAAAGGCAUUUAAAGAUUUAUUGUUAUGCAAGUGCAUUGUGCAAGCUGUGACAUUAAGUCAAUCAAAUACCGAGGUUGAAAUUCAAGGAUACAUUGCAAAAUGGUUGGUUCAAGCUAAUUUGAGACACCAUAGAAACGAGGCUAAGAAAAAAAAGAGUACGACUGAUCCAAAACGAUCCAAACAGCCUGAAGAAAAUUUGAAAUAA